GCUCUUUCCAUCACUCAUCAGCGUCGACUUGUUCUCUUCACAAUCAGAUCAACUCGAAACACAACGACCUCGAGUGACAAAGGGCAGACUUUGACGACCCGCCCGCCGCGUAUCUUCCCUCAACUGUUCACAACCAACUACCACAAGCACACCACCUCAGCACCAUGAACUUUGGAAUGCCAGGAGGACGCGGCUUUGACCAGAUGCUCCGCGGGCAGGGUCAGGGCCGUACCGAGGAGGUCACUCUUGCCGACAACGGUGAGACCCUCCACAUCUCCUCGCUCGCGCUCCUCAAGAUGCUCAAGCACGGCCGUGCUGGUGUCCCCAUGGAGGUCAUGGGCCUCAUGCUCGGCGAGUUUGUUGACGACUACACUAUCUCGUGUGUCGACGUCUUUGCCAUGCCUCAGUCGGGAACGACCGUGACGGUCGAGUCGGUUGACCACGUCUUCCAGACCAAGAUGCUUGACAUGCUCAAGCAGACUGGCCGUCCCGAGAUGGUCGUCGGCUGGUACCACUCGCACCCCGGUUUCGGAUGCUGGCUGUCGAGCGUCGACGUCAACACCCAGCAGUCGUUCGAGCAGCUCCACCCCCGUGCCGUCGCCGUCGUUAUCGACCCUAUUCAGAGUGUGCGCGGAAAGGUCGUGAUCGACGCGUUCCGCUCCAUCAACCCCCAAUCCCUCAUGUCGGGCCAGGAGAGCCGACAGACGACGUCCAACAUCGGCCACCUGAAUAAGCCCAGCAUCCAGGCGCUCAUUCACGGUCUCAACAGGCACUACUACAGCCUCGCGAUCGAGUACCGCAAGACAGAAGCAGAGCAGGGUAUGCUGCUUAACCUGCACAAGCGCGGCUGGACCGAGGGCCUCAAGCUCAAGGACUUUGAGCAGACCGAGGAGAACAAUGAGAAGACGGUCAAGGAUAUGCUGCAGCUCGCAACGGCCUACACCAAGUCGGUGCAGGAGGAGGCGACCCUCACCCCCGAGCAGCUCAAGACGCGUCACGUCGGCAAGCUGGACCCCAAGAGGCAUCUCGAGGAGGCUGUCGAGACGUCGCUCGGCAACCAGGUGACGCAGAGCCUGGCGAUGGGUGUGCUGGCGGAGCUCUGAGUGAGCGGGGCGAGAGCAGCAGUAAUGGAGCAUAGAGCAGCAGCCAAUGCAUUGUAUCACAAGGCG